GGAUGUCGUCGUUGGUAACAACACAACACCACCAAGGGAAAAUGCUGCAACCCCGGAAGCGACAAAGGAGUGGACACGGAAGAAUGCCAAGGCGGAGUUUGCUUUGAAGAGGUCCAUAUCUUCAAGCAUAUUUGAGCAUGUCUCAAGGUGUACUUCCGCUAGUAUAAAUAACAACACACACACACCUUGUUUGUACACCAUAAUAACACAAACAAAACACAUGGCUAAACUCAUUUUCUUCCUCGCCGUCCAAAUUAUCUUCCUCGCUGCCGUAUCUUCCGCCGGAGACGACGGGGAAGACUUCGCCAGAACCAUAGACCGUAAAAUCCUCGGUCUUCACAAGAAAGAGAAACUAACACAUUUCAAAGUGUAUUGGCACGACAUCUUAAGCGGUCCAAAGCCAAGCUCCAUCAGAAUCAAGCCACCGGUUACAAACUCUACCUCAUACUUCGGAGGAGUCACUAUGUUCGACAACGCUUUGACGACAACAGUUCAAAUAAACUCCACGUUGUUGGGCCAGGCUCAAGGGUUUUACGCCGGAGCGGCUCAGAAAGAGUUUAGUUUUUUAGUGGGGAUGAAUUUUGCUUUUAAGACUGGAAAAUACAACGGAAGCACGAUCACGAUUCUUGGUCGGAACCCCGUGUUGUCGAAGGUUAGAGAAAUGCCUAUAGUCGGAGGAAGUGGGCUUUUCCGGUUUGCUAGAGGCUAUGUUGAGGCUCGUACAAAACUGCUUAACCUAAAGAACGGUGAUGCUAGGCCUGGGCAAAAUAACCGGAACCGAAGAAGCGAACCGGAACCGAACCGAAAUACCUGAAACCGGAACCGGACCAAUACCUUCAAAUACCCGAACGGUUCCUAUAUUUUUAUAUCUGAAAUAACCGAACCAAACCGGAACCGAACCGAGA